UCUUCUCUUCUGAGCUUUACUAAAACAGUAUAAUUCAUGGUUGCAAUUAUCGGGUCGUGUUGCAAAUAGAGAACAGAAACUUAACCUGUCUGCAACGGCCAACGCUAAUUCAAUCGUUUUUAAUCACGACAAUUAUACGGAACCUCUAUAGGAGAGACGUUUAUGUCGCGUAUGUGAUAAAUCUUGUUACUGUUUGAAUAACAGUUUGGUCUAGAAAUUAUGGAUGUUUCUGUUUGAUGUUAGGUACAACAUUGCUUCAGUAGUGGACGUCUCCAACUCUAUGCAAGAAUCAUGUCUACGAGGCUCCGUUCUUGCUACUUUAGCCAUAGCUUCAGCUCUAGAAAUAUGUUCUAUAGAUACAUUUUGUGUGUUUGCGUUCGCUGACCGAGUAACUGCCAUCAAACCAAUGGAAAUGCAAUGGGACGAUCAAGGCGUCUUCCGUCUUUUGACAGCCGCCACAAACACGGGCACAGCAAGCGUUGACGCAGACUGUUUGCGUGUUGUUAGAAGCUACCUGGAAAAUAUUCGAAACGGUUAUCCUAACUUUGUAUUGAUGUUUACCGACGGAUUUGGAUCUUGUGGCAACCGUCUACGCGAAGAACUGAUUCGAGCAUGGAAGGCGAACAUACAAGUGAUUGGUAUCGGACUCGGACUUGAGCAACCGGUUGUAGACAAGACCUACUAUUCUUACGUUACAGCCGCUACCGCUUCUCAUCUUCCCGAAGCUCUUAGAUCGUACGCAAUGGCAAUUCCAGUCACGUCGGGUGAGACGUGGUACGACGACAAAGAAACGUUGGUUAUUUCUUAUGCUGAUUUAGACAAAGAAUGGAGCUUACUCGAAGACAAUAGGGUGUUCGACAAUCUUAUUGAGGAAUUGGGUGUACUGCAUGAAGUGUACGUGGAAAAGACAACAAACCUAAGUCCAACGAUGCAGCUGGAUAUAUGUUAUGUGAUUGAUGGAACAGGUAGCAUGUCGUCUUACAUACGUCAAGCUAAAGACUGGAUUGUCAAAAUAACAAAUGACAUAUCGAGUAAGAUGAGCUCGGCAGGUAGAAGUGGUGACAUUCAAGUUGCCUGCGUACUUUAUCGUUCAAGCUGUUGCAGACCUCACGGUCCUGGUGCGUCCAACAAACCGAAUAUAUUCGACUUCAUGCUUGCAGACCAGUUGGGAGAAAGAAUUUCUGAUGUGAAAACUGGCGGAGGUUGUGGUUCAGCUGCUGACGUUAUUGGUGGACUGAAGUGGGCACUUCAACAGAAGUGGCGUCCAAAUUCUAAGAAAAUUCUUAUCGAAAUGGGAGACCAAUGUCCACACGGUUCUUACUGGAACAAAUCUACUCACAAACACGACCGCUCCAGCUCUCAAAUAGAAAGUGACAAGGCGGUCGUAAGAGAAAUACGAAACAAGGAAAUUACAUUCAUGUUUUCAACUGUCGUGAAGGGAGUGCGUGAUCUUCUCAGAAUAGGUCUCCGGGACAACUACAACGACUCUAAGAAAGGAUACGAGUUGGAAGAAUUGGACUUUUCAAGAGGAAACAUCAAGGGUCCUGGAGAGGCGUUCAAGCAUCUCAUACUGGACAACGUCAUUAAGGAAAUAUUAUAGACUGACAAAUAAUGUUUGACUCGUGGUGCUUUGAGUUUUACAUUUUAGUAACAGCCUUUGGCUAGGAUCUCGCAACUAGAUAUGGCUGCGUUGCUUGAAUACAUGAUUCUCAGUUAGUUGCAUUGUGUUGCUGUUUUCGUAGGUUAGUAAUGUUUUUCUUGAUUGUACUGCUGAAUGUUGCGCUGAUGUAUUGCUAAGUGUGGCACUAAUAAGAACGUAGACGUUGACGCUGUAUAUCCACAGCAGUAAACAGCAACUGCCCAAGCAGCUGCAGCAUGCAUGUAGACCGGUAUGUAGUAUCGGACUAUCUACUAUACAUU